AUGGCGAGACGGAAUCACCUGCUUACUUGGGCUGUUCUCAUCAUCUGCCUUCAGAUCGUCGUUGCCCAUGUCGCGGUUCCGUUUAAACGACAGGAGAGCGAUGCCUCGACAACCGCCGUCUUAACCUCUUCUAUUCAAUCCGGAAACACACGCGACCCUGUCACCACGACGUCGCCAUCGUCGUUGAUAAGCUCAGCAUCAGUCACCACCACGGACUCGGUCGCUUUCUCCAGCAUUCUUUCUAGUCCCUCGGCCAUCCCAACUGUGUCUGGUGGAGGCAGCACCCUUGAUAGCUCUGGCCUCUUCAACACCACUAUCCCUGAGGGCCAGCUGCCCAUUGAGCCGACCAUAACGCCCGGCUGGGCCGUGGCUGGCGUGAUACUGCUUUGUACUGGCGUCGUUUACACCCUGAUUGGUAUCAAAAACACGGUCUUGCACAAUGCCUUCUCGGUCGCCUACGUCGUCGGUCUCGGCAUAUCGGUUUUGAUCGUCUAUGUCAUGGUCAUCCCAGUCUCCAAUGCGUCCCAGGGGGCCUACGUCGUCGCCGCCUUCUUACCGGCUGUUCUCGCCGGCGUUCUUUCUUCCUGGUUUUUCAAGGAGAUCACAGAGUGUCUGGCGUGCGCUCUCGGUGGGUUCUGCAUGGCCAUGUGGCUUCUGUGCCUCCAUGACGGCGGUUUGCUUUCGGGCAUUGGCAAAGUCAUCCUCAUCAUUGUUCUCUCCCUGGCAGGAUUCGCGACGUAUUUCACCCGAUGGACACGGGACUGGGCGCUCAUGAUCAUGAUUUCGUUCAGUGGCGCCACGGCAACUGUGCUCGGCAUCGAUUGCUUCAGUCGCGCCGGGUUGAAGGAGUUCUGGGCCUACGUCUGGGAUUUGAACAACGACCUCUUCCCGAUGGGUGCCGACACAUACCCGCUGACCAAGGGCAUUCGUGUUGAGAUUGCCGCAAUAAUCGUAAUUUUCUGCAUCGGCAUCAUUUCCCAGAAGAGGCUGUGGAACGUCAUCAAGGAUCGACGCGCCAAGCGAGACGCCGAACUGGCCGAGGCGCAGCGUGCUCGCGACGAGGAAGAGUCGAACAUCGGCAAGGAACUCGAGGCUCGAACCGCUCGCGAACGGCGGGCAUGGGAGAGGGUCCACGGAGAUAACGUGUCAAACGGCUCGGACCACGACUCCGGCUUCGCCCGCGACAGCGACAGCGAAAAGGGAACUCAAUACAGCCACGGUGCGGCGACCCCUCGGUCACAAGCCUUACCAGCGGUUGAAAUGGUAGGCCCAGAUGUCCCCCCUGCAGUCCCUCCCAAGCCGAUGGCAUCGGGUCUGAUGGUUUCGGAGAAAGAGAAGGACGGCAUGGUGACAGUUCGAGUUGCCCCGGACGAUAUCAUCACAGACUCCGACGCCAUAGACAGAGCGGUCGACGAGAAGGCAGCACAACAAGCCACCGCUUCUGUCGAGAGCGGACCAGAAGUAGCCCCAGUUCCCGUAGUGGUGCCUUUGCCAUUCAGAUUUCCGGAUCCCGAAGAGAGCAUGGCGAGAGAGAAGGAGGACCGAUCCACCAUCGCGACAUUCGCCGACGAUGACGAAGACCAGGCGGAUAUUGGGAGCAAGCGAAGCUCUUUCGCAAAGCGUCUCUCCCGUAGCUCGGCACAACUCAUGCGGAGAGUCUCUCAGCGCACGUCUUCGUCGCUUCGCAAUGAAGACGGACGCGGCGACGAGCUGGCAAUUCUGCGACAGCCAAGAGAUGACGAUGUCGGCUCCAUUGCAGCGACAAUCGACACUCAGAACGACAGCGGUGGAAGCACUGACAAUGGGGUUCCCCACCACCGGAGCCGCAGCAUCGAGAUCAACGCCCAACUCGCUGAAGGGCAGCCGGGGAACCAGAGCCCGCAGCGGAGAUCGACAUCCGCAUCUCGGCGAAGCACGAGUGCAGGGAGUAUCGGAAAGCGAGCCUCGACGAUGACGGUCGCGAGUGAUGCUGCAGCAACCCAGCCUCCGGCCAAGGAGGCCAACCGAUCCGGCGUCGAGGCUGCCAAGGACACCCCCCCGAAGCAACAAGAGCAUUCGAGCCCCGUACCGAGCCGGAAGUCAGCGGCGUCUUCCCAGCAGGGCAAGUCCGUGACCUCGGUUGACUCUGCGCCUGUGAACCUGACACAAGAUCGUCUACCGUCUGGCUUCUCCAACGUUGCGCUUCACUAUCGGACAAACGAGUGGGCCAAACACCUAAGCCAUGCAGAGGCACCCGAGCCAGAGACCUUGCAAGUGGGCGGCAGCAGACCGCAAUCGCGCGAGGCCCCGGCUCCUGUGCACGUGGAUGAGCUGCAGCAAACGGCAUUGUCUGCCACGCCAGCCCCAGUGCCAACCAGGUCGCCCGGCCCCAUGCAGAGACCCUUGUCAAACUACACGCCGAGCCGCGGUCACUCAAGGAACAGCUCCUACCAUUCACAUCGUCGUGCGUCGAGCAAGACGCAGUUUGAGCCCAUAGCGGAGGAAGACGUGCAGGUGCCCCCCAAAGCAGCGAGCACGAAGAGUGACAGCUCCGGACCCGUGUCCGGCGCCGCUUCUCCCGCCACACCCGUCGCCUUCGAACGGCCGCCUCCGCCUCCAGGGAUUGUGUCUUACAACAGCCCCCAGAGCCUCAUCGCUCAACGAAGCGUCGCACUGCACAACAAGACGUACGGUAUCUUGACUGGGGUCAACACGAUGCCCGAGAUCCCCCCCGCGGCUUACCGGGUAUCGAGCGAGUCUGGUUCCAUGUACAACUACCCUGUCUACCCGCAGCAAGUCCCACCAGCCUCGUUGGACGACCUUCCUCUGAGCCAACGCAAGGCGAUGAUCCGCCGUCAGAGCAGCUUCGGAACGAUCCAGUCGUCCGUGGGAGAUCCCAGGCCGGCGAGCGGGACGUUCAUGCCUGGCAUGUCCGCUGAGAGCGUCGCCUUUGAUUCCCACCAGCCCAUGCGGAACUCCAACGCACCGUCGCAAGAGGCCCGCGACGCCAGGCUGGCCAGCUUCCGCAACUCGGUCCGAGCCGAUCUCCGCGCGGGGAUGGCCGCAUCUCCUGCCGGUGCAAACGGCCGCGAUAUGAGUCUGGGCAUGUACCGUUCACCGAGCGCAACGAACCUCGCCAGCCAGAACGUCGCUCGCGAGGCCGACAUGCAGAGGAAUAUCGACCUGCAGCGGAGCUUCAUGAUGAGUCAAAAGGAGGCGGAAGCCAAGCGGAAGGAGAAAGAGAGACUCGACAAGGAGCGGUCCGAACAGGCCUUCACGAGGAGCAUGCAGAGCGGCGAGAUGUUUGAGCUGCACCGGGAAGCGAUGCGGAAGCUGCAAAACCGAGCGAGAGACGCCUGA